AUGCAGAUCUUCGUGAAAACCCUAACCGGGAAAACCAUCACCCUCGAAGUUGAGAGCAGCGACACCAUCGACAAUGUCAAGUCUAAGAUUCAAGACAAGGAAGGUAUUCCACCGGAUCAGCAGCGUUUGAUUUUCGCCGGUAAGCAGCUUGAAGAUGGACGCACCUUGGCCGAUUACAAUAUCCAGAAGGAAUCAACUCUUCAUCUCGUUCUCAGGCUUCGCGGUGGAAUCAUCGAACCUUCUUUGAUGGCUCUGGCUAGGAAAUACAACCAAGACAAAACCAUUUGCCGCAAAUGCUAUGCUCGGCUACAUCCUAGGGCUGUUAACUGCCGCAAGAAGAAGUGUGGACACAGCAAUCAAUUGAGGCCAAAGAAAAAGAUCAAGUAG